AUGUGUGUGCGGUUGGCCAGUGAUACACCACCGAUCAGCGGAGUAGCUCACCAUGAAGCAUGGAGCUGCCCACAGCAGCAACAGCAACAGCAACAGCAUCGCCUACUCGACGACAUCGUGUGCGUGCGUGUGUGUGUUGUUGGUGUUUGGUUGUUCCCCAUUGUCCUUAAGCCUGUGAGCUUAACUAGUGCGAGUGCCAGUAUGCAUCAGUGUACUACUUCUACGACGAAGAGGACGACGACGACGACUACUACUGCUACUACUACUGCAACCGCCGUGCUGUCAGUGGCAGCCCUAUGGCUUGGUCUACUGCUCUGUCUCGGUGCAAUCAUCCCGCCCGUCGAUGGCUGCCCGGCGGAAGUUUGUGUGUGCAAGUGGAAGGGUGGUAAGCAGACGGUCGAGUGUGGUGGUCGUGCCCUGAACCGACUGCCCGAUGGUAUGGACCCGGGCACCCAGGUUCUUAACUUCUCCAGCAACGGCCUUACGAUACUACAAAGCGAACGGUUCAAGCGGAUGGAUCUAAUCAAUCUGCAAAAGAUCUAUCUAGCCCGGAAUCAGCUCGUAAAGAUCCACGAUCGGGCAUUCCGGGGGCUCACCAAUCUGGUGGAGCUCGACCUGUCCGACAACAUGCUGUCGGAGGUUCCGUCGGAAACGUUCGCGGACUACUCCGCCCUGAUGCGCCUCUCGCUGAGUGGCAAUCCCAUCCGGGCCCUCCGUACCAGUGGGUUUAAGCAUCUGUCCUACCUGACGACACUCGAGCUGAGCAACUGUCAGGUGGAGCUGGUCGAGGAUGAGGCGUUCAUCGGGAUGGACAAUCUCGAGUGGCUCCGGCUCGACGGUAACCGUAUUACGACGAUCCGUGGGGCGCACGUUCUACCCGCGUCCCUGCACGGUAUCAACCUGCAGAGUAAUCGGUGGCACUGCGAUUGCCAGCUGACCGAUAUCCACACCUGGUUGAACCGGUUCAAUGUACCGCAGCGAGAGGAAAUCAAGUGUACGAGCCCACCACGGUUGGCGGGCGAAACGGUUAAGGCACUCCCGUUGGACGAUCUCGCCUGCCUUCCGAUCAUAACGCCCGAAACGUCUUACCGGGAGAUUGCCGAGGGUCGUAACAUUUCGCUCGACUGUCGGAUAUCGGCCACACCGGAACCAUCGAUCGCUUGGCUGUUCCAGGGUCAGGUGCUACUGAACGAGAGUCUACUGGUGCCGAACCUGCACCUUUACUACUACAUCGAUGAUGUGGAUGGGGAGAAGCAUAGCGAGCUGUUCAUCUACAACAUUAACGUCGAGGAUAAUGGGACGUACUCGUGUGUGGCGGAGAAUUCGGCCGGCCGUGUCCAGACCAACUACACGCUGCACGUGAUCGUGAAGGAGGAACCGGUGGUCGAGCAGGUGACGUUCUCGGAGGAGUACUUCCUGGUGAUUGUCGGUGCGAGUGCCGCCAUCGGUUUUCUGCUGUUUCUCAUCCUGUGCGUCAUCGUGUGUCGGUGUGCGAGGACCGGCCGGCGAAGGACGGCUCUGAACGGCAAGAAGGGAGUGCCGGGCCGGGGUUCCAAGAGUGGACCGGAUGGGCAGUGUGGUACGGGCGGAGGUAUCCUCGGUGGUGGUGUUGGUGGGGCGACCAAUCAGAAGUGCGCCUCGAUCACGAACCACGCUGAUCUCCACGGUGGCCAUGAACCGUUGACGGCGGCCAAGAUGAACGGUAUGCUCGGUGGACUUGGUGGCCCGGGUGGUCCGGGUGGUGGUGGUGGGAUUGGUGGUGAUGGUAUGGGGGUCGGUGGUCCACAGGACAUUGUGCUGUAUCUUAACACGAAUCCGAAUCAACUCGAUAAAUCAUCGGCGGCGGCGGUGCUGAGUAACAUGACGGCGAUGGCACAGUUCUGUAGUCCACCGUCGGCCCGGAGUUAUCAGGAUCAGAAUCCGGAUCUGAUUAACGAUGCGGAGAGUGGUCAGAAUAAGACGAGGCCGCGACCGCCCGAUACGCUCGAGUCGGAUCUUGGUGAGAAGGAUUCGGAUGAGCAGAGUAGCGUGCAGGAUGGGGGUAGUGAGGCAAGUUACGUCCAGGGUCCUUACUAUCCACCGCCAUCGGUAGGUCUUGGGCCGCGUGGUCCACGGUUUAUCGCUUCCGGUAUGGCGACGUUGCCUCGCGGUGGCGGUGGUGGUGGUCUUCAGAGUAAACCUAUUGUCGAGCAGCUUCAACUUCAGCAGCAGCAACACCAACACCAACAGCAACAUCAGCAGCAGCAACACCAGCAGCAGCAGCAGCAGCAGCUGAUGUCCCCGUACCAGCACCAGGUGGACAUUCAUCUGAGUCCCGGGUGUUUCCUCGAUCAGAACGGUUAUCCGGUGGAUCUGAGCUUGAUGGCCGGACCGAACGGACCAACGGUCAACUACUACCGGACGUUACCGCACAACCGGGGCCAGAAGACGUCACCUUCCCAGGGCCCCGGUGGUCCGAAGGUCCGGUAUGCUAACGAUGCCGAGUUCAUCAGCCGGACGAGUUCACAGUCGUACCAGUUGGCGUACGCACCGGCGACCGAUGUCCGGUAUACGGCGGAAGGUUAUCCGGAUCCACAGUUCCCGUCACCCCCGGAUGGGUACAAGGGUGGGGAGGUGCAACCGGUGACCUACCUGAGUGCGACGGCGGCGACGGCGUCCGCCGCUGCCACGACCGCCUUCUGCGUUGGUCCCGCGACGCAACCCCCGCAACAGUGGCCCACCUUUUUGCCCGGCUUCCAUCCGCAGCUCAUCCCGAUCAUGACGACGGCCGGGCCCGGUGGUCCUGUCCCGGGGUCUGCCACUCUACUCGCCUCCCCGAUGUCCUCUGGCGGCGGUGGGGGUGCCGGUCAGCUUAAGAAGUGUUCGGUUGGAGCGCAAACGUCUUCGUCGGAGUUGCUCGACUCUGCGAAGGACACCAUACACGAGCAGCGUGAGGAGGAGGAGGAAGAGGAGGAAGAGGAAGUGGGGGAUCGUGGGACGCAGGGCAAGCUGCGGCAUCUGACCGGUCCGCUGGCGGACAGUCCGGACGAGGGUUACGUCGGUGAUAGCCACGAGACGGCGAGCGACAUUUGACAAAAGGCGAAGGGACCGGUAGUGCAUCACGUUUCUUCCGCUUCCGCUUCCGCCGACACCCACCAGCAACACGCUCACCAUCACCUUCCUGCUCAUCAUCAUCCCCCGGCACUGCACCAACACCACCAUCAGCUCGAAUCGGACGAUGUGCCGCUAUAGGGGAAGAGCCGUGAAGACACUUUGAUCGGACAUUGAUCAGAUCAGUUUCAGAUAUUAUCAGAACCGCGAACCCGUGUGCGGGUUGUGCGGUGCGUGGCCUCUUAUGGUGUAGAGCGAAUCGCACUCGAAUCCCCUCGUCCCCCCUUUUUUCCUGUACAAAG